AUGAGGAGCCAGGCGUCAGCUUUUUACACCGACCUGUUUGGUGAGGAAAGUUGCUGCAUGGAGUCCCGUGAGGAGCUGCUGCAGGGACUACCCCAGCUUAGCCACGAGGAGAAAACUGCCCUCGACUCUGAGCUAACUCUGCAGGAGCUGACAGAAGCGCGAGCAGUAAUCUCCCUGCUGCCAAAGAAAGGAGAUUUGGCCUUACUUAAAAACUGGAGGCCCGUUGCUCUCCUGUGCACAGACUACAAGCUGUCCUAUAGGGGAAGAGCUUUGGUUGCCGGCAGUCUGGUUGCCUCGACUCUCUGGCACAGGCUUACGGCUCUGACGCCACCGAGAGGACUAAUUGAGGAACUACAAAGAGCCAUACUGGAUUUCUUCUGGUCUGGCAAACACUGGGUUCGGGCAGCAGUCCUCUAUCUGCCGGUGGUGGAAGGAGGACAGGGACUGGUGGACAUCAAGUCCGAAAUUGCCGCUUUUCGCCUUCGGGCAGCUCAAAGACUACUGUACAACUGUGGGCCGAGGUGGGUUGAUGCGGCACGUCUGCUGCUGAGGAGAGCUGGAAGAUUAGGCUACGACAAACAUCUCUUCCUUUUAAGAACAGAGGACAUGGAUCUCACCGGGCUGACCCCGUUUUACAAAUCAAUGUUAGAUGCAUGGCAGAUUUUUCAUGUCAGUAGAGAAAACAAUGAAACACCUGGUUUGUGGCUGUUUGAGGAACCGCUGUUCUUCAAUGACUUUAUGAGGUCGGAAACACUGCAGUCUGCCAGCCUCAGAGACAACCUCAGACGAGCUGGAUGCACCAAACUGGGCCAUCUGAUAAAGAUGACCGCAACAUCGGUGGAUACCCUGAGAGCGAACAGCAAUAUCAACUCUACCAGACUGAUAAACAAAGUGUUGGAGGAGGUCUGUGCCGCCCUGCCACAAACCAUGAGAGUCUUUGCAAGGAACAAUGCUUUGUGUGACCAGUGGAGUGAUGACUCGGAAUACAGUUUCCCCUCCUUAUUCAUCAGCCCAGCUGUUGGGGAGUGGCAGGAGAGGCGUGGUCAGUUGUUGUCCUUCCCAACUCCUCACCUAGACAGCUUUCAGACGGUGGGAAAAAAGUCUGUCUACCAGACCUGUGUAAAGGUUAGCGAUUUGCACUCUCUGGAAGGGAUGAGAGAGUCGAGGUGGACUGGGCUAUUGGAGCCAGAGGCUUCUCCGAAAGGCAGCUGGCGGGCCUUGUACAAACUGCCCAUUGAAAAACGGACAGCAGACCUCCAGUGGAGGGUAGUGCAUGGGGCGAUAGCUACAAACAGAUACAGAGCGCACCUUGAUCCGGAGCUGGGGGAGGGGUACGAAAAUGUAACGAGCCACGAUUUCAAUGCGACUGCAUCCGAUGAAUUUACUGUUACAUCGAACGUCACAGACAGUUACACAACAAUAUUGGAGGCCACAGAACCGACGUCGAGCUACACCAGCACCGUUCAACCCACCGCAGCCGCCCAGCCCCUGCCCGUGUCCGGCCGGCUGCUCCUCCCUGCUACUGACGUUGACAGGUUGUGUCCCUGUGACGAGCACAGAGGUGCGUGUGACAUCAACUGCUGCUGUGACGCAGAGUGUGAUGAGGAGCUGCCUCUCUUCACCGGCUGCUCAGUGUCCACCGUCAGGCAAGUUGGCAACAAACAGCUUUGCAGCUGUGAUGUAGCGUCGUACUCUCUGAGGAGCACCAUAGACGGCUACUCAGAGCUUCAGCCAUCCGUCAGGAAGGAGACAAAUUAUGACAUUUUUUGCAUUCAGUCACAAAAUCGCAUUGAUGGAUGGUCUCAUCCCGCACCUUCUCUUCCAACCGACAGUAGCUUUGAUUCGCUGUUUAAACAAUUUACCAGCUUCCUUUUUGGCUUGGAGGAAAACACUGCAGAGCUCCAGGCCCCAUCUGGAUACCAGUAUGGGGAUGUGCUGGUGACAUCAGGGGAAGAUGGAGACAGAGGGAUGUUCUGGUCGCCCGCUCCUGGUGUCACUGCUGAUUGUGUGGACACAAGUCCUGCAGCCUUCUUAAUAGACGACAGCAGAGGGUGUUCCCGGCAUGUAAACCUCGAUCGGGACUGCAGCUCUCUGCCAGCCCUCAAUAUGGGCACCUACACUGACAUCCAGCUCUUAACUGGGACGAAGAACGAUGCAGCAGUUGUUCCUGUGGAUGUCGCUUCAGUCAUCCAGCAGUCUGUAGAGGGGACUCUGACUAAGUGGAACAUGAGUGGAGGAGAAAAACUCAGUCCUGUUCUCCUGACCCCAGAACUCUGUGCUAAUGUAGUGCUGAAGGUUGCAUACGUCAUGAAGUACAACCCAGCCGGUGAGAUAGUGAAUGUGAGCGUAUCUUUGGUACUUGGAUUUGUUAGUGAAACAGCACUGCCCCUGAAACAGGAGUUUCAAAUCACCUUUCUCCAGCAGGAUGUUGAGGAGGUGGCUGUGGAUAAUAGUGGAAAUCCAGGUUAUGUGGUUGGACUGCCUCUUGUGUCUGGAACAAGAACACAUGAUGGGAUUGUCAGAAGCAUCGACUCUAGACAAACACUGUCUCUUCUGGAUGCAGCUGAGGAUCAAGACUGUCUGCGUGGUCGACAUCACCGCUCCCCUGUCCUUUUUGGUCUGGAUUCUGUGUCUGGCUGCACAUUAAGACUGGAGGAUACGGCCAACUGCUCCCUGGUCUCCCAAGUGCUCCUGGAUGUUCUGAGAGGACCAAACUAUCCCCAGUAUGUAGCUUCUUUUGGAAACUCCCCAUUAAACAAUCCACUGGACUGGGUGCAAAUCGGCAGCUUCCGUCCUGGGGAGGCCCAGGGUUGCAGCAUCCCAUUGUCACUUCAUUUAGAAGUUGAAUGGACCAAAUAUGGAUCCUUGGUGAAUGCCCAGCCUCAGAUUGUUAGCAUCAAAGAAGUUGUCCAAACCAACACCACCAGCUUGGCCCUGUUGUCUGGUGGCAGCAGCAUCCUGACAAUCAGCAUGUCAGUGGCCUUCACACCAGUGUCAGCUGCUGCUCUUCCUGGUUACAAUGCUAUGCCCACCAUCAAUGCCAAACUACCCUAUGACUUCUUCUCCCCUUUUGUCUGAUCCAAGAGUUAUCUAACAGUUCAUACAGGUUCCACAUACACUGG